AACCUGAUUUCAGGAAUACAUAAAGACAACAAUUUUUAGUGGACAUGACAAAACCAAUUUACGUUGAGUCGUUUCGUGUUAACAGAAUUUAAACGUUUUGUUGGUGGAUUUAAAUGGAUUAAUAACUUUCUCCUGUCGUUAUUCCUCCCCGUCCACAGGUGGCGCUCUUUGCAUGUGAAACGGAAGGGUCGAGCCCUUUCAGUAUUAUGAAUGAAAAAAGUCUGUGGUUUGAUGUUUUCCUGAUCGCAUGAUUGUUAAAUAUAAUCCGUAAAUUGUUAUAGCGAGCUGUGCGAAGCUCGGUGUUACCGUUAAAGAUGUCUGCGAGCGCCGUCUACGUCCUGGACCUGAAAGGAAAAGUCCUGGUGUGUCGGAAUUACCGCGGUGAUGUGGACAUGUCGGAGAUCGAGCACUUCAUGACCCUUCUGAUGGACAAAGAGGAGGAGGGCACUCUGUCGCCGAUCCUCGCUCACGGAGGAGUGCGCUUCAUGUGGAUCAAACACAACAACCUCUACCUGGUCGCCACGUCCAAGAAGAACGCCAGCGUCUCUCUGGUUUUCUCUUUCCUGUACAAAAUUGUCCAGGUCUUCUCUGAGUAUUUCAAAGAGUUGGAGGAGGAGAGCAUCAGAGAUAACUUUGUUAUCAUCUACGAGCUGAUGGACGAGCUGAUGGACUUCGGUUACCCUCAGACCACUGACAGCAAGAUCCUGCAGGAGUACAUCACCCAGGAGGGGCACAAGCUGGACACCGGUGCCCCGCGGCCCCCCGCCACCGUCACCAACGCCGUCUCCUGGAGGUCAGAAGGCAUCAAGUACAGGAAGAAUGAGGUCUUCCUGGACGUCAUUGAGUCAGUCAACCUCCUGGUCAGUGCCAACGGGAACGUCCUGCGCAGUGAGAUCGUCGGCUCCAUAAAGAUGCGCGUUUUCCUGUCUGGGAUGCCCGAGUUACGGCUGGGGCUCAACGACAAGGUUCUGUUUGAGAACACCGGACGAGGAAAGAGUAAAUCAGUGGAGCUGGAGGACGUGAAGUUUCACCAGUGCGUCCGUUUGUCCCGCUUUGAGAACGACCGCACCAUCUCCUUCAUUCCCCCCGACGGCGAGUUCGAGCUCAUGUCGUACCGCCUCAACACGCACGUGAAGCCUCUGAUCUGGAUCGAGUCCGUCAUCGAGAAGCACUCGCACAGCCGGAUCGAGUACAUGAUCAAGGCGAAGAGUCAGUUCAAGAGGCGCUCCACAGCCAACAACGUGGAGAUCCACAUUCCAGUGCCGACGGACGCCGACUCCCCCAAGUUCAAGACCACGGUGGGCAGCGUGAAGUGGGUCCCAGAGAACAGCGAGAUCGUCUGGUCCAUCAAGUCCUUCCCUGGGGGGAAGGAGUACUUGAUGCGAGCGCACUUCGGUCUGCCGAGCGUGGAGGCAGAAGACAAGGAGGGGAAGCCGCCCAUCAGUGUCAAGUUUGAGAUCCCGUACUUCACCACCUCAGGGAUCCAGGUGCGUUACCUGAAGAUCAUUGAGAAGAGUGGAUACCAGGCUCUGCCGUGGGUGCGCUACAUCACCCAGAAUGGCGAUUACCAGCUCCGGACGCAGUAGGCGGCUCCUCGGCAGGUGGAAAUCAUGACGGGGCGGAGCUAACAGCUAAUGCGCCGUCGUGGCUGGUGGCGGCCCCUAACAGCAGAAGACUGUAUCAACUUUUGUCGUUUAGUUCUGUUUGUUCUUCAUUCUGGAUUCGUGCUAACAGGAGGAGGAGGAAGAGGAGGAAGAGGAGGAGGAGGAGGAGGAGGAGGAGGCUUCAGCUCCUCCCGGUCUGGAGGAGAGCAGGAGUGAUGUUUAGGUUACAGGAAGCAGUCGUUACACAAUCUCACAGCAGGUCGUUUGGGAGGUCCAUGUUACCCUUCGCUGUGCUCACAGCUCCUCAGUGUUCUGGUUCUGCCACCGUUGGACCUGUACAAAGCUCAGUGUUAUUGCUUACAAAACUGUAAAUGAGCAGAAACUCUUUUGUAUGAUUUUUGUCGUCGUUUUUCCUGCAUUUUAUUCUGUUUGAUUCCCGGAUGAUCAAAGGAACCCCCCCGGCCCCCGCAUUGCCCUUCUCCCAUUGUAAUCCCAAACUUUCCAAUCAUUAAAUCAGUGAAAACAC